AUGUCUGCAGAUGAUAGUUUGACCGCCAUAGUUGCGAGCCUAGGCGCAGGGCCAGGUACCCAGUCAUCAAAUCCGCCGGGCGCUGCCCAGAGCAGGACGAUUGCAAACAAGAAGACUCCUUGCUUAUCUACCGUAGCCAGUAAAGCACAAGCUAGAGGGAAGAACGCAAACCCUGAAUCGUCCGAAGAUGAUGACAAAGGCCAGGAAGGUGACGUGAUCACCGAUCUCCUAAGAGAAACCAAGGCAGGUACUGCGAGAGCAGAAGAGAAGAAGUCGAAGAAACAGCUGUUAAAGGAGAUGCUCAUAGCCCAAACCGCGGGCAAUACCGAAGAAGUCAAACGCAUCAUGAACAUCCUUGCAGAGGAGUCAGAGUCCGACCAGGUUGCAGCGACGGUAGCGGUGACCCCGAAAAGAGCCCGAGACCCAACCGAGGACGAAGACGACUUCCAAGAGGGAGGUGUGACUUUCAUGGUCCAGGGCGUGAACACCUUUUUAGGUUUAGGACUCCCUCCGUUCUUCGAUCGAAACAUGAAAGAACUUAAAGGCGAGCCAUCCAUAAGAUUCUAA